UUACCUACAGCAGCGGUCGCGUGUUCUCGUAGCUCAAAACAAAACACGCACAGUUCCGGCAAAUAAGCUCGUGCUCGCAGGAUAAAAUUGCAGACCCUGAGAAUUUGAAAAUGCCAGUUUUGAAUGAAACCAGGCAUCUUGUUAAAGCAUCAGACUUCCCUCCACCAACACCAGGGAGAUUGAGGCUGUACAGCAUGCGAUUCUGCCCAUUUGCUGAGAGAACAAUAUUGGUGCUGGCCCAUAAAAAUAUACCCUAUGAAGUAGUCAACAUCAAUCUGAGAGAUAAACCUGACUGGUUCCUGAAAAGAAAUCCUCUUGGCCUCGUCCCUGUACUGGAGCAGGAUGACAAGAUCGUGUAUGAGUCGCAAAUCUGUAACGACUACCUAGAGGACAUCUUUCCACAAAACCCUUUACGAUCAAAAGAUCCUUACGUACGAGCCAGGCAGAACAUUGUGACUGCUGGACUUGGUAAGUUCAUAGGCCAUUCUUACAAGCUAGCCAGAGAGCCAACACCAGAGGCGAAAGAAGAAAUGAAUACAUACCUGGAUACAUAUGAAAAUCUACUGGAGAAGCCAUUCUUCUCAGGAGAUGAAGUAGGUCUGCUUGACUUCCACAUGUGGCCCUGGGUGGAAAGGAUGCUCGCCUACAAGGAAUUCACUGGCUACGAAAUCAGCCAGGAAAGAUUCCCAAAGCUCAAUGCAUGGAUAGCGAGAAUGUGGGAGGUGCCAGCUGUAAAAGCCACAGCAAUUCCAGGGUGGGCCCUCCUUGAGUUUGCAAAAUCUUACAAGGAAGGAACACCACGCUAUGAUGAGAUAGAAAUUUGAGAAGACAGUACGUACGUGUUUUUAUUUUUAUUAUAAAGAAAUUCAGAAGUGAAAUGGUAGCAUUUGGGGACAGUUUAAUCAGAAUAGGUACAGUUUAAUCAGAAACCACAUACAGGAGCUUACAGUAUUUAAAGGAUUUGGAAGGUUUCUCGUAGAUAUAGGUACAAUUAAAUAAGUCAAAAUUGAAACAAUUUAAUUAAGGCACCAGUAUCACUGUUAAAUUAAUUUAUUAAUUUAAGUAAGUAUCUGAAACUUUAAACAUUCCAGAUAUAUUUGAAUGUUAGUGUAUUUUUUAUCUUAUGUUUUUUUCCUUAAAAAAAUAACAUAAAUUGGUCUUAAACACAUACAGUUUG